ACAGCUCGUAAAUAAUAAUAACUUGGGGUAAAAGUAAAAAUACUUAAGAAAUAAGCAAGCUUCUGAAAAUAAAUCUGCAUUCACAAAGUGAUCGGUAACCACAUUCCCGUGGCAGAUGGUCUCGUCGGCCACAAUGCUGAAGAUUCCAAAUAGACAAGGGAUCGAGCAGAAAUGCUGCCAAUGUAAUGGCCAUGACGACUGGAAUGGCCAUACCGUACAAGAAUGCAAACAACGGCCCAUCUAAAUUACUGUGCUUAUCCCUAUAUUGUUCGAACGACGUAUGUUUCUUUAGGUAAUAUUUGACGUUAAUAGAUACUUUUUUCGUCGUUGAUCGAUUGCCUUUUCUGUCUUGGGACGAAAUGACUUGGUUUGAGACGAAACGACCGGCCCCAUUAUCCCUUGCCUUCACAUUUCCCGCGCAGUCUACGGAUACACGGCCGUCACCUUCCAAAACAAGCACGUAAUCACACCCGUAAAAGAUUGCCAACAUUCAAAGAGUAGGUAUUUCAGGGUAAAAACACAAGCACCAGUGGCAAAAAAGGAUUAUUUCAACAACCUUCGCCGGCUGUAAAGAUUGGAAGUAAUCUCCCUUGCAAUAACACUCUCCAUUCACUGAGUGUCGUCUUGGAAACUGUACUUAUGGCGGUGGUGUGUGAAGUAUUAUGUCAGCAAGUUAUUGUAAUUUUAAUUUGCGCUACCACCCUUGCUUAUCGCUUAUUAAUAGCUCAUUAUUGAUUAAGUGCCUCACUAUAAAAGCCCACAUUUUUUGGUAUUCCUGUAGAACUGUUGUAUUUAAGACCAUUACAGCAACGUCAUAAUAAAAAUAACGUGAAGUUCAUGUUUGUGUGAGAGGAUGUAGGUGUGCAUGUGUGUUGAAUGUCGUGUAUGGGUAUGUGUGUCUGCACGUUAUAUUUGUAUGUGUAUAUAUAUGUGCCACUAUUAUGUUUGUAGGUUUAAAUUGUGUUUUCUUGGACAGACAAAUUUUAAUUUGAUUUGAUGUAAUGCCUGAGCUCGUGUGUGUGUUUCCGUACGCAUGUGUGUGAAAGAAGGCGUCUAAGAGGUCCUCACUUUGAUGGAUGUACUUAAAUACAAUUUAAUAUACUUAGGACCGAAGCGAUAGACUUUUCUAUUUAAGAGUGAAUUGAUAGGCAAUUAAGCUUGAUAGUUAUAAUUUCUAUUGACUGUUUUACUCAGUUGAUGUAUUUGUGGUUUAACAACAAAUCUAUCAUAUCUGAUUGUAUCUGAAGAUGAUAAUUAUAGCAAGGAAUUAUCACACUGACUUUGAAGCUUAACUGUAUAUGAUUUGAUAGUGACAAUGUGAUUGGCAGUAAUUUUGCACCAGUCAUGUUCUGUAUGUAAGUACUUAAGCACAGUUAAUGUUAAAGGCAUCACAGGAGGUAGGUAUUCAGCAUAUUCAUACAUUCCUUAUGAAAGCAUCGUCACUGAAGAAUUAAGGUAGUGUUUUGUGGUAUCAAUAUUCUAUUUAAAACUUAUAUUUGCUUAUAUUGUGUGCACAUUUUAGUUGCAGGUCAAAACUUCUAAAUGGCACAUAAAUUUACAAAAAGUCGGCAAUUGAAGCAACUGCUCAAUGGAGCUGAAGAGAAGCAGAAGAGGGACAUUUAUGACUUUUCUAAAGGUCAUUUAAAUGAGUCCCAUUUGCUUCAGCAUCAGGCAGCUGUUACUCGGAAGUCAUGGAGCACAUCACAAAAACUAGAGCCAUCAUCCAUGUUGCAAUGUACUACCUUGCAGACUCAAGCUCUGGCCACCCAGGAAGACCAAAUGCAACAGGCACUUGCUGAAUUUACUAUGGGUACUUCAGGAGUUAUUCCUAUUAUUAGGAACUCCAAAACAGAGAGUCAAUCUGUGAAGAGAUAUAGAUUUGUGAACCCACAACAGCUAAAUGACUCAUCAGAAAAAAUAAGUUCCCCGUCAUUGUACUCAGAGAUAGAUGAUGGAAUUUUAGUUGAGGAACUUCCAGCUGACCAAAUUAUGUUUAAAGAAUCAAGUCAGAAUGAAAUGAUUAGAGAAAACACAAAAAAAGGACAGGACACUAUUGUUAUAAAUGAAAUGCUGUCACCCAACCACAAUUCAAAGCAGGAUAAGCAUCAUUUAGUCAUGAACUACAAUUUUCUAGAGAUGCACACAGCAGGCAUUACUCGUUAUGACCAGUACCACAAAAUACGCCAAUUUGAGACCAAUAUUUUGCGCAAAAAGGACAUAUCUGAGCAGCAAGUGUUGUCGGUGAAAAUUGUGGAACAUCACAAGCGAAAACUUCAAGAGGAACUAGAAGCGCUGAACAUGAAAGGAAUGGGCCCCAACUUUCACAAACUUCAGGUUUUCAGCAAUUCAUUUGAAGAUAUUAUUAAUGAAUCACCCACUUUUUCUUAUAUUCUUCGCUGCAUUAAGACAGAAUAUGAUGGCUACAUUGCCUGGCUUUUAGAUAACCAAUCUUCCCAGCAACACUUACUGCGGGAGCAGGUGGAUCUGAUGUCUGCACGUGGAACAUCCCGCCCACAUGAGAUGUCACAGGUUUCUGAGCACCUUGCACAUCUGACUGAUGAAGCCAAAGCCCAGCUGAAUAGAAAUCAGAAACUGAGGGAUGAAGUCAAACAACAGAAAGCCUGGUUAGAAAGCACCCCUGAUCUUGCUGCAGAGACACCAGUUGUGAACACUAGCUCCUUACAGCGGGAGGUCCCUCUGGAACUUGCAGAGGAAAUAGAAAAGAUUAAAGCUUUAAUUUUGGAGAAACUUGAUGAGGUCAAUGCAUUAAGAUUGCAGCUCCGAGAAGAUUAUGUACCACUGACUGUCUGCACUCACCUGGAGCAGUGCAUUAAAGAAACUGAGGUGGAGGUUCAGAAAUUGUUGAAACAGAACGAAUACUUUGAACGCAGCAUUGAUGAGAUGGAGAGUGAGCUGAAGGAAGCCAUCAUUGAUGCUGACACCAGUGAGAAAGAUGCAAGGCGAAUAUGGCGUAAGGUGAACUCAACACGAGGCAUGCCUGGACACCCAUCUGCUGGCAUUCGACAGGAGAGUGAGGAUGAGGAUGAAGAGGAAAGCAAAUGGAACUGGUACAUUUCCUGAUGAGCUGAUGAAGCUUCUGCAUCUGUUGAUCACUAACAGUGUCCCAUGACCCAGUGCUCACUGUCUGUCCACCUUGCUUGUAAAUGUUGCCACAGUUUCCUGCAGUUCAGGAACAACUUUUACUGUUAAUAAUUUGUUGCUUAAAUUCCUCUCAGAAAAAAAAUGAUUUUGAUGUUUGGCUAUGAUAAAGCUGGAAAACACAUUUCCGAAAGAUUCAGAUGCUGAAUGUCUGCUGCUGUGGAUAGAUUGAGAAUUAUAAAUGGAUAUUCUCUGUGAUUUAGAAAUGAUGAAUGUACAUUUCUGAGGUUGUGAACAAUUAUUAAUGGACUUUCUCUGUGACUCUUAGAGUUAAAGUUAGUGGUAAUGAGAAACAUUAUUUUUAGAAUGUUAAUAAAAAUCACUUCUU